AUGCACCGAGCUCGACCGCGACGAAGCAUCAGCUUCGACGGCCAUGACCGCAGCCGCUUCACCGACGCCCGCUUCGCGCCGGUCUUCAAGGAGCGCCGGCCGUCGGCGCGGCCCGAGGUCGACGAGGACGACGAGGACAACAACCAGCACUCGCACGAAGAGGCGUCCGAGCUGCACCUGCAGCAGACGUUCCUCAGCGACGCGCUCGUGGCACGCGAUAUGAAGCGCCAGCGGGUCAUUGACGAGAUCUGCGCCACGGAAGCGAGCUAUGUCUCGAGCCUCAAGGUGCUCGUUUCGGCCUUUGUGACGCCAAUGGAAGUCGCUGGCAACACGAUGCUGGCCAACCCGACCGUCGCCGUGUUUUUCCAGAGCCUCAAGCAGAUUUUGACCGUGAACGCGCAGCUGCUCACCGAGGUAAGCGGCCUUCCGUCGUCGGCGGACUCGAUUGGCGCGCUCUUCUGCCGCUACGCGCCGCUCUUUCGGUGCUACGCCGACUAUGCCAAGAACUUUGACGAAGUCGCGCAGCUGCUACAUCCGCAUCGGUCGCCCAAGUUUGCUGCGUUCGUGCAGCUAUGCCAGCUGCAGUGCGGGUCGAUGCAAAACUUUGAGAGUCUUCUCAUUACUCCUGUGCAGCGCGUGCCCCGGUACAAGUUGCUCCUCGAGCGGAUUGCGGGCUUGACGGGGGAGGGCCACCCUGACCAUGCGUCGCUGCUUCAGGCAGUCGUGGCCGUCGGUGACGCUGCGCAGCUCAUCAACGAGACCGUGCGGCAGAAGGAAAUCAUGGAGCAUGUGCUGCGUGUCCAAGCCCAAUUCGUCGGCCAGCUCUCACUCUUUACACUCGACCGACGUCUCCUCUGCGCCGGUGUCCUCGUCAAAAUCUCCACCAAGCGCGACGAAAAGGUCAUGCUGCACCUCUUCAACGAUCUGCUGCUCUACAGCGAUAUCUUGCCCGCCGAGACGUACCACUGCCGCCGCAGUGUCGCGCUCGCCUCCUCAGCAUGUGGCAUCGACGGCAGCCUCCCCGAGUCGUACCUCCCCUCUUCUCGGUGGACCGCCCGCACCUCCAGCGCGACUAUCAACAGCGCCGAAAAGUCCUUUGUACUCUUUGCGGCGUCCGUGGACGAGAAGAACCGCUGGGUGCAACUCAUUGCCGACGCCAUUGCCGGCGCCCAGGAGAAAGGCCGGGAAGCGGCCCUUGAAAAUGCCGCCGCCGUGUGGAUCCCGGACGAUGCAGUCGAGUCGUGCUCGCUCUGCCAACGUCGGUUCGCCGUGAGCUUUCGGCGGCAUCACUGCCGACGCUGUGGCAACGUUGUCUGCGGCAACUGCUCGACACACCGCGCCUACGUGAUUGACAACGACCCAAAAGAGAAGCGCGUCUGCGACGGUUGCUUUCCUGUUCUCGCCGCGGUCAAGCGAUGCGCCAUGCGAUGGCUCGCGUGUCUCAUCGAGUUUCGGGGCGUCCUUCGGCGACUGCGCAAGCGGCGGUGGGUCGACUGCUACUUUGAGCUCAAAGGCGGUGUCUUGAGGCAGUUCGCGCUCGCGGGCGCACCGACAAUCGACGGGCCGCAGCGCCAUGCGCCCACUGACGUCUUGCCCAUGGCGGGUGCGAUUCUCAUCCGCAACGUCGACUCAUAUGGCAUGGCCAACUGCUUCAAGAUCACGUCCCGGGCCGAGCCGGACCGGCGCUUCAAAGCCUCCCCGCUGAAAGCGUACACGAAGAAGAUGCGCAAGGCGCCGUUCGAGGACGACGAGUGGGUUCUCUGCGCCAGCUCGACGCAAGACUGGGCCAAGUGGAUUGACGCCCUCGAUGCGUCGGCCGCCAAGGCGCUCCAGCGGACGUCGUCGCGAGCUCGGUCCAUGGACCUCAUGUCGGGCUCGCUCCUCUCGUUGCGCGACACGCAGCUCGAUGAGCUCGAACUCGUGCGCAUGGACAGCUCGCUCAUCGACGACGCCAAGCAAGAGCGAUAUCGCCACCUCAUUCUCCGAGAGAUUGUGCGCUCGGAGCAAAGCUACGUCGAGUGCCUUGGCGAGUGCAUUCGCGUGUUUGUGCAGCCGCUCUUGCUUCGACAGCUCGAAGGUCGAAAGCUCGAGACUGCCAAACAGAGUCUCCAGCGCCGCCUCUCGCAGCUGUCGCACUCGAAGCUCCAGAGAACGUUUUCGCGCAUGGGUCUCACAAAGCGGACGCAGCUGCGCAACGGCAGCUCGAGUCUCGCGCGUGGCGACUCCGUCAAGACGCACCUGGACGCAACCAUGGCCGUCUUCUUUACGAGCAUGGACCAGAUCUUUACGCUCAACCAGCAGCUUCUUGACCACCUCGUGCGGCAUUUGGCCGAGACGGACGAGGCGCCUGUUCACCGCAUUGGUGCCAUCUUUAACGCCUACGCGUCGCUCUUCCAGAUGUACUCGUCGUACGCCAGUUACCACGAAGCCGCGCUGGCCGCCAUCGAGUCGGACCAUUUUGUGUCGAUGCUCGCGGGUAUCCAGCUGCACUUGGACGAUGGCACGCUCCAUCGACUUCGCACGUACCUCAACAUGCCCAUGGAGCGCAUCCCCAAGUACAAGGUGUUUUUGCAAGAGCUUUUGGCGUGCACGGACGCCAGUCACAUGGACCACACUCCGCUCCUCUCGUCGAUCGAAAAGGUCGACCACGUCGUGCAAGCGAUCCAAGACAGCAUUGCAUCACGGGACGCAGCGCGCAAACUGCGCGAAGUCCAGCUGCAGUACGGCCUCACGCUCACCGACUCGACGUAUAUCAAAGGCGGUUUUCUGCGGAAAGUGUGCCGCGGCACCGUCAAGACGUACCACGUUGUGCUCCUCGACCACGCGCUCUUGUACGCACCAACGGGGCUGCUGGCCACGUACCAGAAGAAGCACAAGACGAUCGAGCUCACCGGCGCGUCAGUCUCGAUGCUCCAAGAUGCACUGCCCGAGAGUGUGCGCCAGGCCGUUGUCGUUGACGGUGCGCCGCCCGUGACGCACCGCAAGUACGAUCCCAACUGCCGUUGGAAACACUGUUUCGAACCGUAUCGAUCUAGUGCUUUUUACUUUCGGUCCAACCAAAAGUCGUUUAUGCUUAUCGCCGACUCGGAAGAUGCGCAAACGAGCUGGGUCGACGCCAUCCACGUACACUUUGCGAUCGAUUUCAACACGUGGCAACGCGUGUCGUAG